AAUCUAAGUUAUAAUGAAACGACUUUGAGUUCCGCCAAUUGUUCAGAUAAUUUUUUUGAUAUAAUCAACAAUCGUACUUAUUUACAUUCCUCGUUAAUCAGAACAAUGGCAAGCUGGCAAAAUCGCGAUGUUCUUCUUUUGUUUGACGUUGAUGGAACUCUGACUCCCGCUCGGAGGACAGUAACUCCGGAAAUAUUGGAAUUACUUAAAAUAGUAAGAAAGAAAGCAGUUAUUGGAUUUGUUGGUGGAUCUGAUCUUGCAAAACAACAAGAGCAACUUGGCCCUACUAUACUCGAAGAUUUUGAUUAUGCAUUUUCGGAAAACGGACUUAUUGCAUACCGGAGUGGAAAACCAUUGGCAUCACAGAGUUUUAUCGGAUGGCUUGGCGAAGAAAAAUAUAAAAAAUUGGUUAAUUUUAUUCUUCGAUAUAUAGCGGAUAUUGAUCUUCCAAUUAAACGUGGAACAUUCGUUGAAUUCAGAAAUGGUAUGAUCAACGUGUCGCCAGUUGGACGUAAUUGCACUGUCGAAGAACGAAACAAUUUUGAAGAAUAUGAUAAGAUCCAUAAAAUUCGUCCUAAACUCGUAGAGGCAUUGAAGGAAGCCUUCCAUGAUUAUUCGCUCACUUAUUCAAUCGGCUGGGAUAAAACUUACUGCUUACAGCAUGUUCAAAAUGAAGGGUUCAAGGUCAUUCACUUUUUUGGUGACAAAGCUUAUGAGGGUGGUAAUGAUUGGGAAAUUUAUAACCACGAAUCGGUCGUAGGACAUUCAGUCAAGAGUCCUGAUGAUACAGUGAAACAAGUGAAAGAAUUGUUUCCUGAUCUUUUUUCAUAA